AUGUCCGAGUCAAACAACGAAACCAGUAUUCCUCUUCUUUCUCGUGGCCUGAAACGUGAGAGUGAAGGUUAUAUCGAAGGAGAAUUUAGUCGCCCAGCUCAGAGACGGCGUAUUGAUGAUGAUUCUGCUAAUCCGCCCCGAGAUACUAGUGACUACUAUACUACUCGCUGGGUCUUGGGACAGCAUGUUAGUGACUAUUCUCUUGGUCCGCCCCCAAGCCAGUCUAUUAGUGACGAUUCUCCUAGUUCGCCCCGGAGACCGCUUGUUAGUGACGAUUCUCCUCCCCGGGGCCGGAGACCACUUGUUGGUGACGAUUCUCCUCCCCGGGGCCGGAGACCGCGUGCUAGUGACGAUUCUCCUCGCCGGGCCCGGAGACCGCGUGCUAGUGACGGUUCUCCGAGUCCACCCCGGAGACCGCGUGCUAGUGACGGUUCUCCGAGUCCGCCCCGGCGACCGCGUGCUAGUGACGGUUCCCCUAGUCCACCCCGGCGACCGCGUGCAAGUGACGGUUCUCCUAGUCCGCCCCGGAGACGGCGUGUUAGCGACGAUUCUCCUCGUCGGGCUCGGAGACGGUCUAGUCCGCCCGGGAGACGGCGUGCUAGUGACGAUUCUCCUCGCCGGGUCCGGAGACGGCCUUCUAGUGGCGAGCCUCUUCGCCGGUUCGGGAGACGGGGUACUAGUGAAGAAUCUCAUCGCCUGGGUCGGAGACGGGGUACUAGUGGAAGAGCUCCUCGCCGCCGGGCUCGCAGACAGCGUUCUAGUUCUAGUGAAGACUCAGCACUCGUCUCUCACUUUGUAGAAGAUUUUGGGCGCUUAGGCAUACAAGUCCCACAAGUCCCAGAAGACCCACAAAGCUUGCCAUUACGGCUUCGUGCACCUGAGGACCUAAUCAAACUUGGCUUGGGCGGUCCAGACAGACCCAAGAAUGUACCUCACCAGCAGGACGUCCCCCAAUGGGAAAGAGACGGCCGAAUCUUCCAAGACUGGAUUGCCAAUGCAUUUCUGGAAGAUUGCAAUAUCAAGAUGUCAAAGCUAACCGUGAAAACUUUGUUCGAUGGUCGAGACAAGUUGAAAAGUUUCUGGAAACCCGAGAGAGAUGAUAUGAGAUUCCCACCAGAAGCACUCGUCAAGAAUCUUGAACAGGCAGGUCUUUCUCUGAAGCAAGAGUACCAAUGGUCACGAAUUCGGCACGACGAAGUCGGAAUUCCUGACGAGACGAGGGAGUAUACUCAUUUGAUCGGAAAUGGCGCUAUUAUUGCCGAGAAUCUCGGGGAGGUGAAACUCGAUGAGUAUAGCUGGCCUGACAUUGCCUUAGCUCUAUAUAAGCACGAGCACCACAUCGACACUCUACGACAUAUUUAUUUUGCCCCUACUGCAGAUCUGCUGACCCAUUUUUUGGCGACCAAACGCCUUUACCCAAUGUACGGCCUUCGAACCUCGGCUGUCUUGUGCGAGGAAAGGGGAUCAUAUCUUUGGAAAUAUGGCACCCAGCACUACCACGAACUUCUAGGAACCCCGCUGGGAAAGGCCGUUGCCAGAGUUGUAUUGGGUGCUUGGCCAAGAGGUACCCAUCACAUCAGCCAGGUCAACACCUGGUUCUAUAAUGCUGACUUACAGGUACGGUUCGACAUUGAGCCACGGUGUGCUCCGGAAACCUUUGCGGGCCCUGCGCCUCCUGCUCGUCCUGUUCCCGCUGAUGCUCCUAUUCCUCCUAUUGCUCCUUCCGUUUCUCCUUCUUAUGCUCUUCCUUCUGCUCUUGCUAUUGCUCGGGACCAGGCUCGGGCUCAGGCUCAGGCUCGGGCUCAAGCUCAUGCUGAGGCUCAUGCUGAGGCUCGGGCUCAGGCUCAAGCUGAGGCUUAUGCUGAGGCUGAGGCUCGGGCUCGGGAUCGGGCUCAAGCUCAGGAUCAGGAUCGGGCUCGGGCUCGGGCUCAGGCUCAGGCUCGUGGUGCUGCUUCUGAUCCUGUUCUUCAUACUGCCUCUCUAUUUGGCAUUGCUAAUGCUUAUGAUUCUGCUCCUGAUCUUGCUCAUAAGGAGGAACUUUGA